AGCGAGGUCCCUCCUCACGGCACAUCUCUAGGGUUUUACCUCCAAGCUCCACCGCAAAACCGCCGUAGCCACCGGGGUUAAAGUGACGGCCGAUCGUCGCUGUCCGCCUUGACCGAGCCUCCCGCUUCGUCUUGGCCCUCAGUUUUGCUUCAUUUCUUUUUUUCCUUGUAUCAACGUAGGAAGAAAGUUCAUAGGAUACUAUGGGGAAACUAUCGAAGGCCGAUAAGAAGCUCGCGUACGACGCGAAGCUGUGCCGGCUCAUGGACGAGUACAGCCAGAUCCUGAUCGUGGCCGCGGACAACGUCGGGUCGAACCAGCUCCAGAACAUCAGGAAGGGCCUGAGGGGCGACUCGCUCGUCCUCAUGGGGAAGAACACCAUGAUGAAGAGGUCCAUCAGGAUUCACGCCGAGAACACCGGCAACAACGCCUACCUCAACCUCCUCCCGCUUCUCCAGGGAAAUGUGGGCUUGAUUUUCACCAAGGGUGACUUGAAGGAAGUCAGUGAAGAGGUUGCCAAGUACAAGGUUGGAGCUCCUGCUCGUGUGGGUUUGGUUGCUCCAAUUGAUGUCAUCGUCCCACCGGGCAACACUGGGCUCGACCCUUCUCAGACUUCCUUCUUCCAGGUGCUCAACAUUCCAACCAAGAUUAACAAGGGUACUGUGGAAAUUAUCACCCCUGUUGAGCUUAUCAAGAAGGGUGACAAGGUUGGCUCUUCUGAGGCUGCCCUUCUUGCUAAGCUUGGGAUCAGGCCCUUCUCGUAUGGUCUCGUUGUGCAAAGUGUUUAUGACAAUGGGUCGGUCUUCAGCCCAGAGGUGCUCGACCUUACUGAGGAUGACCUCAUGGAGAAGUUUGCUCUUGGUGUCUCUAUGGUCACAGCUCUCUCGCUUGCCAUCUCAUACCCGACCCUGGCUGCCGCACCGCACAUGUUCAUCAAUGCCUACAAGAAUGUUUUGGCUGUUGCUGUUGAGACUGAGUAUUCGUACCCCCAUGCUGACGAAGUGAAGGAGUUCCUCAAGGAUCCUAGCAAGUUUGCUGUUGCUGUGGCUCCAGCUGGUGCUGCCGACUCUGGUGCUGCCCCUGCUGCUGCUGCCAAGGAGGAAGAGAAGAAGGACGAGCCCGCCGAGGAGUCCGAUGAUGACAUGGGUUUCAGCUUGUUCGAUUAAUUUGUUUUGCCAAGUAUGAUACACCUUUAGCUACAUGUUAGGUGGUACAAUGUUUUGAUUAUGACUUUAUCACAAGGAUUUCACAAGGAUUGCUUUGCCUUUAGUUGAUUCGCCUGUUUGAAUACUUAGCUUUUUAUUCCCUUAAAAUUGUUUUUUAGGGUUUAAACGUCAAUGUCACUUUGUCUUGUUUGCCAA